CAUCUCCAUCCACCCAACAGAGCACUUACGCGCUCAAACGCACAUACCUUAGGCGCGCGUAAACAAAGAUUUAUGAAAGCCCACGCAAUAUUUGGGCACACAUAUUGUUACGCUAUACGCUGGUAUUGAAAACAUUGUGUAAAAAAGUGUGAAAAUCAAAUAUUAAAAUUUUCAGUGUAAAAGAAUGUGAAUUACUAUAAGUGAAAAACUUUUAAAAAUCCCAAAAUGGGGCAGGAGAGACUAGAGUUACAGUUUGGAGUGUACACUGGAGGAGUAGAGGAUUCUAAACCACAUGGUGACGGACAAGUCGUCUUUCAUCCAGAUGAUCUGGGAGGACGAAAAGUUUUCGUUGGAACAUGGGUGAACGGAAGGAGAGAAGGUCAGGGAAAGAUGGUUUGGACGACAGGAGAAGAAUAUGAAGGAGGAUGGAAGAACAACCUGCAGCAGGGAAAAGGACGACAUUCUUUUCCAUCCGGACACUACGAUAUAGCAGAGUGGGAUCAGGGUCUUCGGCAUGGCUUUGCAGAAUACUUUCACCCUAAUGGAAACAAGGAGGAGGCAACAUAUGUUGAAGGAUAUGAAGAGGGAGAAAGUGUUGUUUAUUAUUCAAACGGAAAGGUAGAGAAGAGAACCUAUGAGAAGGGUGAACUAAACGGCCCAGCAACAAUUACCUGGACAAAUGGAGACUCUUUUGAGUUCUCAUAUGUUGGAGGUAAAAUGGAGGGUUUAGCAAACUUCCAUUCUCACACUGGUAUAGUUGAGCAGAGAAGCUAUAUUGAUGGUGUUUGCCAUGGUCCUGCUACACUACAUACCCCACAGGGAGAUACAGAGGAAAGAAUGUAUGAAGAGGGGAAGCUACACGGAACUGCUACUUUUCUCUCCCACACUGGGGAUAAAGAGGAGAGAUGUUAUGUGUCCGGAAGGUUGGAUGGGACAGCAAAAUACUAUUAUAAAUCAGGAGCUGUAGAAACUAGAAUUUAUGAGAACGGCGUUUUACAGGGUACAGCUGUAAAGCAGAAUACUAAUGGUGAGGUGGAGGAGAGGAAUUAUAAAGAUGGAAAGCUGAAUGGUCAAGCUACAGUCCUGUAUCCAGAUACUAGCAAAGAGAUUAGAAAUUACAAGGAUAAUAAACUGACCGGCUCGGCUGCUCUCUUCUCUGCCUCAGGGGAGAGAAUUGAGUUCGAGUACAAGGAUGGAGUUGUACAUGGACCUGCUAAGAUUAGGGGAGGAGGGGACCUUGAAGAAUGUAUCUACGUGAACGGAGUAAAGCAUGGAAAAGCUACAUAUACAUGGAAAGCCGGGCAUAAAGAGGAGUUUGUUUAUGAUAAGGGUGUAAAGAACGGCCCUGCUGUGCUCUAUGGGGUGAGCGGAGCGACAAGGAAGGGUCAGCUUAAACAAGGGAAAUGGCAUGGAGAGGCUAAAUACACUGCACAGGAUGGAGAGGUCCGAAAAGAACUCUGGGAUAACGGACAAAGAGUUUAAUCCAAGUAGAAGAAAAACUCUCACUUUACUCAUUUGUAGAAUUAACUCUGUACCUCUAAAACCAUACUUUAUAGAAUUUAGUUGGAUAAAAACUCUAAAAUUUAGUUUAUUGUUUAUGUAAAUAAUCUUUGGUUUGAAUUACGAUCAUUGUAAUAUUUGGUCUAAUGGUCCUCAUUGUAUCAUGAAAUGUAUUUGUUCUCUUUUUUUAAGUAGUUUUUUAUGUUUGAUUUAAAUUAAAUUAAAAAUACUUAGUUAUGAUUUUUAAAGGUUUAUUUUAGAAAAUAUUAAUUUGUCUUUUAUUUGGCCCGGUGUGAUCAUGAUUAUUUUUUAACGUCAUUAAACCUGAAUUACAAGUUUUGUAAAUUGCAAUCAGUAGAAAACUUAGUUUUUUUUUGUAACAAAAUGUACCUCAAAGUAGAACUUAUAUAGAAUUAAUAUUAAAUCUAAAUUAAAAU